CGGUUUACGGCGUUGCCGCAAAGUGCCAGCAGCCGCCGCCGAGGCAGGCGAGAGCGGCGGGGCCCUCGCGGCCGGCGAGGCCCGCGCUCACCGAGGCCCGGCCCCGCUCCUCCCUGGCCCGGCGGCGCGGCCGGGCCGGGCGCCUCCCGGGCCGCGAUGGCGCCAACCCCGUGACCGAACCGCUGGGAAAGUUUCUCCAAGUUUGCCGUCGCGGCCCCGGGCGGGCGCGAACGCGGGGCUCUCGUCUGUCUCCCUGCCGGGGCCCGGCGAGGGAUGCACCAGGCGGCCCGCGAUGAAGGCAGGCAGCCAUGGCAGGAGCCGCUCGGCGGCCUCGGCGUCUGCCUUCCGUUCCGCUGCCCGCGAUGCGGCGACCGCGCCCGGUUCAGGAGCCUCUCCUCGCUGCGGGCGCACCUGGACUACGGGCACGGCUACGAGGAGAGGAGCGUCCUGGCCAGGAGCGGCCUCUUCUCGCCCCUGAAGGACGUGGAGCUGGUCUCGCCGCCGGAGCCCGCGGGCCGGGGCAGCCCCGUGCAGCAGAAAGGGCCCUGCCCAAAUUACUGCGAGGCGUCCUGCGGGAGCGGGAAGGCGCUGGAGGUGGAAGCGGAGCGGCCCGGCUCCUACCUCGCCGACUACGUGCCAGGUGACUCUCCCGGCGAGCAGGUCUCUAAACCGGGCCUCCCGGCCACUGACUCCAAAGCGUCCUUCGAGGCGCACGUCAGAGAGAAGUUUAACCGGAUGGUAGAGGCUGUGGACAAAACGAUCGAGAAGCGGAUAGACAAGCUUACCAAAGAGCUGGCCCAGAAGACGGCGGAGCUGCUGGAGGUGCGGGCGGCUUUCGUGCAGCUGUCCCAGAAGAAGCAGGAGGUGCAGCGACGGGAGCGGGCCCUCAGCAGGCAGGUGGACGUGGCGGUGGAGAUGAUCGCAGCCUUGAAGCAGCGCCUCUCCGAGUCCGAGGAGGAGCUUCACCGGAAAGAGGAAGAAGUUGUUACUUUCAACCACUUCCUGGAAGAAGCAGCAGAGAAAGAAGUGCGUGGAAAAGCCAGGCUCCAGCACUUCAUUGAGAACCUGUUGCAGCGUGUGGAUCUGGCAGAAAGGCAGCUAGAAUAUUACCAAAAUCAGCAGAUGGUGUGCAACCACACCGAUGUCAGCGAGCAUGUGUUUACAGACAUUUCAUUAAAUAAGAAACCCAGAUGCUUGAGUCGAGGAAGUCAACAUGCUUCGUAUAACAUCCCUGAUGCAAAGCCUCAUUCCUUUCAAAAAGGAAGAAUCUUGUUGAAAAAAGGAAAGGAUGACAAAACCAGCUUGCAGCCAGUGAAAUGCUUCUAUGAACCUGUUGAUUGCCCGAGAGAAAUAUGGAGAGCACAAAAGAAAGGUGAACCAGUCUGCUCUUCCAGGAAAGUGAGCGCAAAAUCCAAGAUGGGUAAAAAGGCCAAACCGCUAUAGGAAUGGUUAGCAAUAUAUAGUAAUGCAGGAGCUUGGCUUCAACAGAACAAAUACUGAAAGAAGUUAAUCAUCCUACUUUUUCCUAUCCAUCUGGCCACGCCAAAACAUAUCAGAUAUAAUAUAUAGAAAUAUAUACAGUAUGGAAGAUUUAUAUUAUUUAGUAAUGCCAUUCCCUCUUUGGGCGCUAUAAGAGGAGUAACAUUUUAUUCAGUUUACAUGGAAGUUUUUAUAUUUAUUUAUCUAUUUAAUUAUUUAUUUACAGAGCUUCUUUUAAAUGACUGCAGUUAUCUUGCUGGGCAGUACUGUGGCUGUAUACUUAAUUAUUUUAGUGGCAGCAUGUGGCCUGGUAAUUUAUUUUCUCUCUGUACUGUUGCUGAAUUUCAGAAGAAUCCAUUUAAUCGGCACUCAAAGUACUCAAUCUUUCCGCUUAGGUAGGUAUAAGAGCAAUGAUUAACUGUUACCUGCACAGUCAUACUUAAAUGCAAAAGUUUUACUUGAGUUGCUGAAGGCUGUUUACAGCAGUAAAUGGCUACUCUGGGUUUUCUGCCAUAAGCCCAGUUGGGCACAUUCCCACAUUUGAUACCAUGAAACUGCUGGAUCCUGCCAGCAGGCAUGUUGUCUGUUGGAACACGUCUGGGCUGAUCCAAUGUCUCAAGCACAGCUUUCAAUUUCCAGAAGCUUUAUGGCUUUGCUGUAUGUCCCAGCCUCUGGUGUCACUUAGCAAGGAGAUUGGAAGCUGGUACCGCAGCCCUGACCAGCACAGACAGCACUGAGCGAGAGGAGAAAUUCCAGUACCGAGUGCCAGCAGCAGGUUCUUGCCGGCCGUGGCGCAGCAAGUCAGAGGUGAAAGCAACACAUCACAUUGCAUGAACCGUGUUCAAUGCCUGUGCUUGGUUUUAGGUGAGGGAGGCCUAAAAUGCCUACCAUUGUCACUAAAACCCUUCACAUUUUUAGCUCUGAAAUAUCUUUGCAGGGCUGAGAGAUCCCUGCAUUUCAACUAAAAACCCAAGAGCAAGGAAGUUAGAGAUGACUGCAGGACGGGGUUGCGCAUGUUUACAUUGGUUUGUGCCAAUUAAAAGGAUCCUUGUUUAUCAGAGUAUUUAUCAAGAUGACUUAUUGGGUGUACAGUUUUUUGGUACCGUGAAUCCUCAUGCCAUGUUUACAGAUAUGAACAUCCUGUCAAUGUUACUGAUGAGAUUUGUUUUCUCAAGAGAAAAAAAGGAUAGGUGAGACAAGUCUGUGUAAUUUAUUUUUUAAAUGCUCAUAACAGAUGUAAAUUGUUUUUGUGGAAGGUGAUUUUUACAGUAUGUGUACAAAGAUUUGUGAAAAAUGUUUUUCAUUUUUUAUAACUAUGACUGUAAGCCGAACCGAGUAUUAAAAGGCAGUGUAUCACUAUGAUUACUGCUGCAAUAAGCACCUGAGUUGCAAUAUUUUUAAAGCAGAAGAUGACCGAUCAGUCAGCUGGGAUCAGGUAACUACAGAUGUCAUACAUUUGUCAGUGUAUGGAGCUCCCAGAAAGAAGCAGGGUAAAGAAAGAGUAUUAUUCCUCACUUUUAUUUUAAAUAGUGUAUAUGGAACAAUCAGAUACGCGUUUAAAGUUUCUCAACACUGUUUCAGUAGAGAGUCACAGUGUAAAAUGAAUUCAGGUAUUUAGGUUGUAAUGACAUUUUAAUAUUUAUUUAACCAUGUCACAAGGCCGCACUUGGCCUUACGCUAAGCAUUGUGUGUGGUGAAAAGGAGUUGUUAAUUGUGUUGCAUGGGUUUGGGUCAGAUUGUGUGUUACAACUUUCUUAGGAAAGCCACAAAAUCGAAACAUCUUUUAGUUCUUUCUGUUGCUUCCGAGAUCCUUACACAAACCUGAAAAAAUGACCCUUUUUAAAGAUAAUCAAGGUGAACUUCAGAAAGAUAAUAAAGUAGAAUAUAUUCAUACAUUCCUUUAUCCACUUGACACCGAAAGAGUGUUUUUAUUUUUAAAUGCCUAUGUACUCUGUUAGUCACCAAAGUUAAGUGCAACUACUAGUUCACAAAUGAGAUGUUUAUUUUAUUAUUUAUCAUGCCAAAAUCUUGACUGUAAGUUAUCCUUUUUCGGGAAGGAAGAUAAAAAGAGAGUAAAAGAAGUCGCAUGUUCUAAAACAGUUACUUGAUGAACAAAUGCCAGAUUAUAAAUUAGAAAGAAAUUGGAUUGUACUGGAACCCCAGAUAAAAAUUUUUAGAAUAUAAACAUUCUAAUAAUAAAGAUAUAUUUCUCA